GUUAACGCGAGUGAAAUGAUAAUGCUGUAAUUUACUGGAAAGAAUUCCCAUGAAGAAGUGCAGUGAGUGUGAGUUGCGUUAAAGCCGCUCAUUGUGGCGCUGCGCGGCGGUGCGUGUCGCUUUAAGAAGGAGGUGGGCAGCGCUGUGAUGACGCAGGAAUAAUCCUGAGAAGAUGCUUCAAAACUCCAGGCCGGAGCCAGAGUGUGUGUGAGUGUGUGAGUGAGUGUGUGUUAGUGCUGCAGGCUGAGCUGAGCUGGAGGAGUGUGACUGUAGACGCGCGCGCACACACACACACACGCUUCACUGCGCGCGCACACACACACACACACACACACACGCUUCACUGCGCGCGCUGUGCCAGGUGGACGCAACUUCUUGAAAGAAAGCUCGAAAUUGUUUUUGACUUGGAGACUUGGAGCGGCGCGUCAUGGCACACUUGAGCGCACUGUGCGUGUCCCUGCUGACGCUCCUGAGUCCAGUCCUGAGCAGCAGCAUCACCGAGGACUUGGAGGUUUUGGUGUUUUUGCCCCAAAAUAACUCGUAUCUCUUCUCACGCGCCAGAGUCAUGCCGGCGAUCCUUUACGCGCAGAGCAGACUCUCCGAGGACUCCGGACUCUACUCCGGCUUCCACUUCAACAUCCACUUUGCAAACUCCGACUGUGUUAAUGAUGCUGUGCUGACGUUAGUGGACAGGUCGUGCCAACAGAAGCCGGACCUGAUCCUGGGUCCCGUGUGCGAGUACGAGGCGGCGGCGGUGAUUCGGCUCGCGUCCCACUGGAACAUCCCGGUGGUCUCGGCAGGUGCGCUGGCCGCCGGCUUCAGCAACAAGAAAGGCGAGUACUCGCACCUGACCCGCAUCGCCCCGUCCUACGUGAAGAUGGCAGAGACGUUCAGCGCGAUGUUCGAGCACUUCACGUGGAAGAGCGCGCUUCUCGUGUACGAGGACGACAAGGAGGAGCGCAACUGCUUCUUCACCAUGGAGGGAAUCUAUCACCUGAUGAGCGACUUCAACCUCAAGUCGUACGCGAUUUCCGUGGAGGAGCGACUGGACACCGACAGCAUCCUGCAGAACAUCCACGACACUGAAGUGGUGAUCAUGUGCAUGGGAGCGGACAGAAUCCGAGAGAUCAUGCUGGCUGCACACAAGCGACGCUUCACCAGUGGAAAUUAUAUGUUCUUCAAUGUGGAACUCUUCAACGCCUCUUCCUACGGCAACGGCUCUUGGAAGAGAGGAGAUAAAUACGACAGUGACGCGAGGCAGGCCUACGCCUCUCUGAACACCGUCACACUGCUCAGGACAGUCAAGCCUGAGUUUGAGAACUUCUCCAUGGAAAUGAAAACGUCCAGUGAAAAAGCCGGACUUCACGACUGCAAGGACUGUGAAAGUGUCAACAUGUUUGUCGAGGGAUUCCAUGAUGCCAUGCUGCUGUACGCCAUCGCGCUGCAUGAGGCCAUGAAACAUGGAUACACGAAGAGGAACGGGACAGAGAUCACUGCUCGCAUGUGGAACAGGACGUUUGAGGGUAUCGCAGGACAGGUGUCCAUGGAUGUUAAUGGUGACAGAAAUGGAGAUUUCUCCUUGAUGUCCAUGACUGAUGUUGAGGCAGGAACUUAUGAGGUGGUAGCCAACUACUUUGGAGAAAAUGGAACGUUCCAGCUGCUGCCUGCGUUCAGCACUGAACAUUUCACUCUGAGAGAAAAACAUAUACCGCACACAGAGAUGGCGGAUAAAUCAUGUGGACUCGGUGUUUCAGCCUUGACUGGAGUCAUAGUGGGAGCUGUUCUGGGAACUGCUUUGCUUAUAGCUUUCUACUUUUUCAGAAAGAACUACAGGAUCACAAUCGAGCGCCGCUCCCGCAGCGAGGAGAACGACACCAGGAAGCACCGUCAGUUACGAGAGGACUCCAUCAGAUCAAACUUCUCGGCAGCGUAAUGAGCAGUGGUGGCAGUCCCUUCACAAACAAUCACACAUCUGAAUGUGACCAAAGACUGAGAUCUUAUUGUGUUUGUAUCCUUCCGUGUUUUGACUAAUUGUAACUCAGGACAGUUGUAACAGUCACAAAGCACCACUUUCUUGGACGUUCCUCCAUACAAAGGUAUAUGAUUGUAUUGGUGUAUAGAAAGCUUUGGCCAUAAGGAGAUGUUGUGUUUUUGAUCUUCAGACGAUGGUUGCCAUGACUGUGAAUGAUCCAGGACAGACAGUAACAUGCACUACAGCACGGUGGGUGAGGUCUACUGUACUUUUGCCUUUCAGGUUGACAAAUAGAGGCUUGAUGUGUUUAAGGUCGUAAACAAAAAUGGCAGAGCAAAAACUUGAUACAGCUGGAGUUAAGUGACUAAAAAGGGAUAUAGGCUAGAUCUAUAUCUACAUGUAUAGACUAUAAGCUACUGAUAUUAAGCUACUGAUAUUAUAAUGUUUUCAGUUUCACUUUGUUAAAAUCCAGCAGCCUCCGUUCUAACUGAGCACAUUACUGCUAAAUAAAAACCACCGUAUCACAUAUCAUCUUGAAAGUACAUCUCUUUUAUAAGUUUAUAAGUUUAUAAUGAUCUCGUCUGCAUACAUUCCGUUUCUAAAUUAUUAAGUUUUUAUAAACUAAUGUGUUCCCUUCAUAAAAUGAACUGUGGUACUACUUUCUGAUGAGGCAUAUUUUUACAGAAUGUGCUUCAUAAAUGCUUAAUAAAUUCUUCAAAUACAUGAGUUAAGAACAACGUA